AUGCCUCUGCGUUUCAUCUCCUACCAUACCGCUUUCAUCAUAGCUCUCGUAGCGUUUUUCUCGAUCCCAUACCCUUCCGGCACCGGUACGGACGAAGUCAUCGCCGCCACUGGUUUUGUGAGGACGUGGGGCUACGUCUGCGAUCGUCUCGACAUACCAGAGCGAAAUAGGAGACUUGGACCUAUCUAUCGAAAAACCUUUCGCCUGCCCAAGGAGCAAGAACACGACAUUGUUUCUUCCACGAAGAUAUCUGGACCACGGAAGACGGCCCUACUCACGUCCACAGAUCCAGCCGCAGAUACAUCCGUAGCAAUGGGCUCCACAGAAGCGCCCUCUCCCCGCACCCCUGUCUUCUUCCUCUCUCACGGCGGCCCCAACGUAAUGUUCGAGACCGAACACCCAGCCUACAGCAAGCUACAACAAAUCGGUUAUGCCAUCACCCACGAAGUCAAGCCAAAAGCCGUUGUAGUUUUGUCCGCCCACUGGCAAGGUGAACCCCGAAUCAUCGAAGUGAACACCGCUGAAGGUAUGGGCCUGAUAUACGACUACUACGGUUUCCCGCCCGAGUACUACGAAGUGAAAUAUCCAAACCGCGGCUCGCCAGAACUAGCAAACAAGAUACUAGGUCUCCUCAGCCAAGCCGGGAUCAAAGCAGAGGGUGUUCGUCGAGGCCUCGACCACGGCGUCUUUGCGGGAUUUCGAUGUGCCUUCGACCCAGACACAAACCCGCUUGAUAUUCCCAUCGUCCAAGUCUCCCUCUUCGACUCCGAAGACCCAGAUCAACAUUACGCGCUUGGUCGCGCCCUUUCGUCUCUGCGCUCCGAAGGCGUCCAGAUCGUUUGCUCCGGCAUGUCCGUCCAUAGUCUGCGCGAUAUGCGAAAAGCCAUGAUGCUCUCCGCACGCUCACCAGGGGCGUCGCUAUUAUAUGCCACGACCUUCGAUGAGGCAUUAAAGGUGGCCGUGGAGAAGCCGGUGCAGGAGAGACAAAAGGCAAUGGCGGAGUUGUUGAAGCGGCCGGAUGCUAGACAAGCGCAUCCGACAUUUGAUCAUCUUUUGCCCGUCUUUGUUGCGGCAGGGGCAGCGGGAGACGAUGAGGGAAGACAGACUUGGACGAUGGCGGAGGGGAGUAUGGCUUGGGGACAAUUCCGUUUCGGUUAG